GCUUUAUGAUGGUCUGGCCACCUCAGGACCUGGGUUAAAUGCCCAAAGGCUCAAGUCUAUUAAAGCAAAUAUCUGAGGAAGUGCAUAAGUUUUCUUAGCAUCUUAGGACCCAGUUUUUACAGGACAGAGUACCAUGCUAUCUUUCUGAGAAUGUUGAUUUUACUUUGAGUUAUUUCAUUUCUACUUGGGACCCCCAACCUCUUUAGCCUCCCCUUCUUGGAGGGACACUUGUAGCUACCAAGAAGUAAAAGCAGGACAGAGUGGGCAAAGACUUCAGGAUCUUUAGACUAUCUGAUACUCCUGUUCUUAAAGUUCUUAACUGGGGAGAACCCUGGGGAGACUUCACCGGAGUUCUUCAUAUCCCUCUCUUAAGCUUGCUUUCUCAAAGAGAUAAUUGGAAAGAGGAAUGGAGAAAAAAACCAGAAUACUUCCCGAAGCAGAAUUGGUCCAAUGCCCUCGAAAAGGCCUCUGUCAAUAGACGUAAUCAGCAGUAUUACUGUGUUCCCCACAUCGGAUUUCACCAAAAUGGAAAGAAGACCAAAGGUCCACGGAACAGAUGCCCCGCUUUAACCACCAAGCUAGAACCACCCAGUCAUCACUUCAUCCUUCCAAGGGGACUGAAUCAAAACCUGAACCAUGGGCAAAACAUCAGAUCAGAGCUGCACAACAUCCCCACCCUGACCACAGGGCGGUGCCUGUACCAUUGCCCUGUCUUCAACAACAGACCAAUGGUAAAUCAACACUGCAUCUUAAAAAGAGUGAAGGUGCCUCAGUCAUGUCCUUACCUAGGCCCAAAAUCAGGGCCGAGAAAACUGAGGUAUCAUUAACAGCCACCAAACACAAUCUUAUACUUCCACUCAGUCCCAAACAUCAACCAGAGUCUCCAUGGCAAUGCAACUCGCUGAACCCAGUGGAUUCCCCAGGUCCUGACCACCUUCCCAAGAUUUUUCCAGACUCUGCCCAUCCAAUGGAGGACCUAAUACAACUCCAUCAGAAGCCUCCUUCUCCAUCGAUCCUCAGUGCCCAGGCAGAAAUUCCACUGAGUGAGGGUCAUAGGCCCAAGGCUGGUGCUAAAUCCCAAACACGUCCUGACUUCCAGGCUAAAGCUGCACCAAAGUCCGUACAUCAAGUCAGGGCCACAAGUUCCCUAGCAGGGCUUUACAUCCAGGAGCCCAAGACCACAGCUGCACCAUCAUCAUCUUUUCCUGAGGACUGUCAGUCCAGGGCCACAGCUUUGAAAUCAUCAGGCUCCCUGGGCAAAGCCUCAGAGGAGUCCUGCCAGUUCCUCAGAUCCACAGCAGUGAUGUCCUUGCUUAGAUUCUCUGACUGCCAGUCCAGAGCCACGGCUGCAUCUUUAUCCCAUCUAAAUCAGAGAACAGGAGUCAGAACUGCAAGUCAAGCUGAGAAGAGGUGCAGGCCCAUUGCCCAAGUCUCAUUUUGAGCAGGAAAAAAAAUACGGGGAAACAAUUCCAGCAGCAAAAGACAACCAGGCCACAAUUCCAUUAAACCCAAAUCACAAAGCUACCAUGUUUGCCCUGGAUUUAGACACCAAGGACACAAUUCUACCUGGCUCUGACGGCCAGGUGACCCCUCCAUUCAUCCCUGACCUGGACCAAGCUAAAACUGAGGAUAUUCCAAACCCAAACAUCCAGACACUUCCAGCAGGACUAAAAGAUGAUGAAAAAAUGUCACAUACAAUUGAUAAGCAGGCCGUGAUUUUAACAGGCCAAGAUCCUGGGGCAUUGAGAUUAGAUCAGCAGGAAAAGCCUCUAAGAGGCCUGGAUUGUGGGUCCACAUCAUCAUCUGGACCUGACCAGCAAGAUGAGGACAUACAAGACUUCACGGAACAAAAGCCCUGGGAAGCAAAGCCACCAAAGGCCAUCAUUUUAAUAGACCAGGACCCUAGAUCAAGACCUCUGGGCUUAGACCAGGAGGACAAAACUCAAACUGGCCUUGAUCCGCUGGCCACACUGCCACUCAGAAUGGAGCAUAAGGAUGAGGAAACAACACCAAGCUCCACGGUCCAUUUCUCAAUUCAAAUAGAUCAAGAAAAACUAGAAACAGUGUCACCAAAACCAGACAGCCUCGACACAAUUUUGACAGUCUGGGAAGAUGAGGAAAUGCCUGUAAUGGGCUUAAGCAACCAAGACAACAUUGCUCCUGGCCCUGAAAACCAGUUGCCAGUUCCAGCAAGUCCUGACCACCAGGACAAGGACAUACUGGACCACAAUGCCCAUGUUUUAUUUCUAGCAGGUCUAAACCACUGGGGAACAAUAUCACAGGGAAUAGAACAGCAGCUUAUGGAACCAAUUGAUUGGGAUUUCUGGGAAUCACCUCUUUCCCUGAGCAUAGGCACCCAAGAGAUAACACUAAGUGACUCUGCCCACUGGGGGGACACCCCUCCACCCCACCAUAAUCACCAGACUGCAUAUAGACCAGAUUCUAAUACUCUAACCUCUCCUCAAAGAGAAAAAUGUUGGAAAACAAUACUACAGGGAAGUGACCAUAAGGCUACAACAUCGUCAGAUCAAGAUCAUAGGGCAAGCAUACCUCCUUUGACCUCAGGCCCACAGGAUAAAAUUCUACCUCCCUCUGACCCCCAGACCACACUCCAAACCAACCUUGAACACUGGGAUGAGAUUAUAGCAGACCCCAUUAGCCAUGUGUCUCUUCAAAUGGAACAAGAGCCCUGGGAAAUGGCACCUCUUAGAACUGACCACCAGGACACAACUCUGUCAAACCAAGGUUGCACAAGGCCUCCAGUGAACUUAGACUGGAAGGGCAAUACCUUAUCUGGCAUCAACCACCAAAGCAUAUCUCCCACCAGCCCUGAUAAACAGCCUGAAGACUCCACAGGUCCUUUUGCCCAGGUCUUGCUUCAAACUGAACAGCAAGAUCCAGAAACAAUGGCAACCCACCAGGGCAUAGCCCCAGCGGUCCAGAAUCAUCAAUCCGCCCAAUCAUCAGACUCCCAGUACUCAAUCCCACUUGACCCUACACCUGAAGCCACACUUCCACCCAGCCCCAACAAACAGAAUGAAGAUACACAAGUCCUCAUUAUCCAUCCCUCACUUCCAACUGAACCAGAGUUCGGGUGAUGAGUGAAGGGAGAACUCAUCAGGCUACAAUUCUAACAGGCCAUAAUGAAGGAGCAACAAUUCCCCUGAGUUUGGAUCCCCAGGACACAAAUCUAAAUGUUCCCAAGUACCUUGACAUACCUUUAACUAGUCCUGACCACAAGGUGGAGAACGCCCCAGACUCCCAAACCCAAGCCACACCAAGCCAACACCACUUCCAAAUAUUAUCAGUGGAUUUAGACCACAAAGUGACUCCUCUAUCCACACCCACGCCCGAAGUGUCUCUUCCACGCAGCUCUGAAAAACAAGCUGAACCCACAUCCCAUUCUAGAAAGGUCCACAACAAACUUACCCAUAGGGCUUCACCAAGUCCCAGCUGCAGGGUCACACCUCACUGGGAGCUGGUCACCAGGUUGAGCUUUCAAAAGGCCAAAGCUAUCAGACUAAGGCUGAAGUGAGCUCUAUGCAUCAAGAUCAGGUUCAGACUAGGUUCCAAUCCCAGACCCAGACAAUGAGAAACAGAAGAAUUCCAUGGCGCUUAAAUUACAUCAAGCCAUAUAACGUAGAGGGGGGAUUUGUCCCUGCUAGAAUCACUCAAACAAUCAUCAAUUCCAUCCCUCAGCAGAAAAUUAAAAACGACAUCUGUAAACAGAUUCUCCUGCGGAGGAUGAGGGUGUCUACCCUUUUUCGUAAAGGCCGACGACUUUUAAUGGCUUAUCCAGUCUGUUUAAUGUGUGCGUCCUGGAUACCAAAUGGCUGUUCCCACAUUCAGGAGAUGAAACGCCCUUGUGUGGCCCAACUUUUGGCCAUACCAACCCCUCUGCCUGGUCCUAAGGAGGAGCUGGGCAUGAAAUUUGUUCCUCAAGUGCCCAAGGCCAAAUUUCCUACUUACAAACAACAGAACAAAUCCCAUAGGCCCUUAUAUUAUUCAUCAGGCUAUCCACCACAUUCUUCUUCACUAUCUGUGCCACCCUUCACUAGCAAGGGGAAAAUGGCUUCAAUUUGAACUUAGUAAGGAUUAAUAGUCAAUGGGGAGAAACUCAUCCAGAGGCCACUCUCCUUGUGUAGGGCACUUUUCAGAUCUCUUCUAAAGGUAUUUCAAAUAAAGCAAAAGGGACAUUAAAUUACCAUCUUUUUCUCUUU